AUGGCGUCCGGACCGGCUGACGAGGCCGCCGCGGGCUUUGGCGACGACAUCUCGGUCACUUCGACGGAUGACGAGAAUGACCCGGAGAUGAACGUCGACCGAGUCCUUGCUGAACGACAUGUACACGGAGAGUCUCACCUCCUGCUUCUAUGGGAGAAUCUGCACUUGGGAGACGCACUCUGGGAGCCCAGAGAAAACCUACCGGAGACGCUCGUGGCGGAGUGGGAGCAGGCCAAGGCGAACCAGCGAGCUGGACUAGAACCAAGAUUCGUCGUCCAGGACUGGAAAGAUGCCGUCAUACAACAAUACGAUGAAAGAUGCGUUCGACACAACCGUCGCAAUGCUGCGCGAGCGAGGCGCGGCCUUGCCGAAACACUCAUCUCGCCCACCCGUCAAGAUUUGCUCGAAGUGCUCAGUCAGUGGGCAGACGACGAGGAAGACGAUGGGCAGAGGUGGGGAGAAGCUGGCCAGGCUGAUUCAGCUGCAGCCACCUCGGGACAGGGAUUGCCUCAGAACUUCUCAGAGAACCCCCCAUCAUUACACGAAUGGCAGCCUGAGGAUGGCCGAGACCAGGACUUUCCACAGCUUCUACCAGACAACGAGCCCUCUUCUCCUGCAAAGCAGCCUGCCCAAGGAUCAGAGCAGGGCUCGCACCGAGUCCCAUCAAACAUUCAGCCGUCAUCGCCUAUAAAGCAACCGCCAGGAAGACCAGAACAGGCCCUGCCUGAAGAUCCAUCACACAAUGAAUCCCCUUCACCUACGAUGCAGCCUGCGGGGGGAAUCUCGGGCCCUUCAGCCCCAAUGGCACCAUCAGUUGUUACCAUCUCUCCUCGGAGAUCCUUGGCAGAGACGCUCUUUGGAAAGCCUGACGAGAACCCACCCGAAAAUCCAAGGCUCGAUCCUCCUACCAAGCUCAAGUCGGCACUGAAGAGCGCCGAAACCACAUCGCGAGGAUCGGUUAGGUUCCUUAUCCCGCCUUCAGAAGCUUCCGACGAGGUGCCGAGGCGGCCGUCUCUCUCCCAGCGGACACCUGCAGCAAAGGCGGCAGCACACACGAACGUCUUCACCGGCGGUCGUACUCGCAAGGGGAGACACACCCUGAGCGAAGUCGCGGCUGACCCGUCAACCAACCCCAGGUUUCUCAACUCGCAUCUCAGGAGGACGAUAGAGCUGCAACGCCGAGAUCGAGAAGGGACGAGAGCACCAACCCAGCGCCCAGUCGGACUCAUCUCUCUUGACCCUUAUAACCCCCAGGCUCCGUCAGGCGAGCAAGUGUCGGCCCAUGAUGCCACGGUUGGCGAUCAAGCCAACCCAAAGCGCAGGUCGCCAACAAAGGGCGUGGCUCAUUGGGAAGACGAACCGAUGGAAUUAGACCCAAGCGAGAGCCUUUUUGUACCUGAGCACACGCCGUCGCCAAGCUCAGAUGUUCCAAACCCAUUCAACAACAGUCAUGACAAGGAGGAGCAACCAUACCGCUCAAGGUCCAUUAGCAAGGCGGUCCAGCUGGGCUCGGAUGGCCUGAGCGUCAUUACUCUCUCGUUCGAGGGACUACCUGACGAGGCAGAUGCCAGCUGGGCAAAGCAAUUUUGCUCGACCGAGCCACUCGUCCUCACACAUACAUGCACUCGCCAUGAUUUUGAUUGCCAAACCGCGCCGAUUGGUCAGCUGAAAAUCAUACCGCUAUGCCAAGGAGCUGUUUUCUCAUGCACUGAGAACGAGUCCGUCACAAGCCUGGCAAGCAACCUCAGGCUAGGGUCUACGGGGUUGCUCUCCGUUUGCGAAGGAUACUGCGUCUACAUUUUCUGCGCUGGGGAAUUCGGUGGCCAACCGACCCAAACCGCGAGUGAUGCAAGCCUCAGAUACCUUCUCUUCGAGCCAGUCCAUUCCGAUUCUCUAGGACCAUUGAUGCUCUCUCCCGCUCCACAGUUGAGACUGUCAAAUCUGGCCAAGGGAGGCGACAGUUCUGCGUCUUGUUCAAAACCGCUGAGCCGAGUCUUUGGGCUGAAGUAUGAGCAACUGUUGCCCCCCUUGGCGAAGAAUGCAGAGAGGCACAACUUUUUCAUCGCUUUUCCUCCUCGUGCCAAACAGGAGGCUCUCCUGCUAUCCUGGUGGCUGAGGGACAACAACGGCAAAUGUGAUAUUCGGACCGCUUACACUCAAGGCCACUGGGACAGCUUCUUGAAGCUGAGCCAUGGGGCUGUCAUUAUUCACGAGGAUGCCCUGUGGUCGAUACGAUCGUUUCCCAGGCUUCACAACCUUUUGCACGGACCCAGGACAAACUACACGUUUUGGAUGUUCAGCCGCUCCCUCACACCGAUCCGCGCACUCGGCUCCGGAGAGUCGCCGCCGUCUCCUCUCGGUGACAUCCGCCUUCACCGAGUGUUCGAUCCUGGAGCAGCCUUCUUGGUCACGCCCAGUUUCUUCAUCUCCGAGCCGGAAAACGCAUAUACGUUCAUGAAGUGGUUCUGGAGCAGAUUCGUCAAAAGUGUCGAUCCGAGCCGACCUAGAAAGCUGGUCUUGUGCGCAAAAGUAGACGAAUGGAUGAACGACCUCAGCGUGGAGAAGAUUCUCAUGACGCACAGACGUCCAAUCGCGAUUCCGGAGGAGGAACGCGUUGCCAAGGGUAUCUCGGACUUGGCGAUCCACUGCCGGUGGAAGACCUUCAGGAUGCUCCAGCAGCUUGUAGUGGAUGCGCCCAGCGAGGUCGCCGGCAGAAUCAUCUUUGCACCCGAGUCCAUAGACGGCAACGAUGAGCAGAGCUUAGUCAAUUGGUUCGGGUGGUGGUCAACCCUCCACAUACACCAGUAUCGAAGAUUUACCGUCGUAGGCUCCGGCCAGCAGACCGAACAACGGCUGUCGAGGAUCGUUCAGACUCCAAACUACAAGAGGCACUUGACGAACGACCCGGACUGGCAGCCGCCGGUUCUCACGAGACAACCUGAAGCAUCAAUCCCUUGUCCUGCGCCGCGGCAAAGUAGGGAGGAUGAAGCCCUUGCGCUAAAGUCUCAUCUAAAUGGGAUAUUUGUCGCCGCCAAGCGUGACUGGAGCCCUGUCAGGGUUUAUUUCCACCCCGUGGGUUUCUCGAGCACUGCUGUUUCCUUCCGUCUUGGAGAUAGGGGCGACAUAUAUCAGCCGUACGACAAGUGGCUCAAGUUCUUCUGGGAUACAUUGGAAUUCAAGGGGACGAAGAAAAGCCCGCACAAUUCGGUGGCCGGGCUGUUUCACACUUUCGAUGAGGACCAAGCUUCAACGCUCACGAUUCACAACGUGCAAUGUUCGCCAUGGGCGGCCGUGCUUCGUCCCGCAAACCCGCAUAUCCGGCCAUGGAGGCAUUCGGAGCUGUUCAUCUGGGAUAUUCGGUACUCGGAGAGCAUCAGCAAGGGCAAAGAAUUCUGCUCUUCUGAUCUUCUUGAAACUCAGCGCCGCUUGAUCAAGUUCGUGGAGGAUGGGGCGUGGGACACACUGCCGCUCAAGAAUGUCUGGGUCGGCGCCUUUGGGACCAAUCUUGCCGGUGUCAGCGCCAUGGAUGCCACGCUCAACUGGAUUGCGAACGUGCCGGGAAAGGUUAGAGACUGGAUCCCCGCACCAUCCAAGGAGCUCCCUAAAAGAGGCUGGACACCGGUCUUUCCUGAGAGGCCCCCGGAGGACCGGUGGGAGGACGAGCGCGGCUAUCGGCGGGGGGGCGAACGGGAGUACAGGCGGGAAGAUGAGCGUGACUAUCGGCGGGAGGAUGAGCGCGAUUAUCGGCGAGAGGAUGAGCGUGACUAUCGGCGAGAGGAUGAGCGUGACUAUCGGCGGGAGGAUGAGCGCGACUAUCGGCGAGAGGAUGAGCGUAACUAUCGGCGGGAGGAUGAGCGUGACUAUCGGCGGGAAGACGAAAGAGAGAACAGGCGGGAAGACGAAAGAGAGAACAGGCGGGAAGACGAAAGAGAGAACAGGCGGGAAGACGAAAGGCAAAACAGGCGGCAAGAUGAGCGAGGAGACCAAAAGGGUGAUCGAAAGAGCAGCCUGGACUCGGCUCAUGCCGAGACGAUGCAGGGAAGCCCGCCAGCGGACGACGGCACAGCGCCGCCAAAGGCCAUUUUCCAUCCGCCGAGGAGGGGGGUUGGCCAAGCGGGAUCCUCGAAAUGCUGGAACCGGCUGUACCACGAGGCUCAGCAAAACGACCCCAGGUUUGAAGGAAAAGAAUUCGCCUUCACCUUUAGGCCAACGAUGGAAUGGUACAGCGAGCAGUGCAAGGAGGGUCGAGGCUUUGAACACGUCGCAGUCGUGCCAUGGCAGGAAGUGUUCCGAACAUGGAAGAUCGAGAGCGCGUCGCAAAGAGGAGGCUGA